CAAUCUUUGCAAGCCUCACCAAAGCCGGAGGAGGUUGGAUCUGACGAGGAUCGGAUCUUGAACACCGGACAGGACAGGACUCUUCUAACCUUCUACUCUGCUCUCGCGAGUUGAUUUUCGCGGAUUUCCUUGGGAUUUUCCCACUUUUCUUGCGGUUCUGUUUCAAGCCGCGAUCGUGUGUUCUUGAAGUGUACCGAAGAUCUGCAAGAUCUCGGCGAGCGCUGAGCAGCUCAUUCUCGUACUGAACGUUCCGCGGAUCGGUCGUGCAUCGCGUUGGUACUUGCGCCUCUGGUAUAACCUACUCCAAGAAGAACCGUGUCAACGGUAGAGGAGACUGGUCACGCGAGACUGACCCCUCCGAAGAAGAAUCGAAUCUGUGCAUUCUAAAGUGUUCAACUAGGUGGAACGAACAAGCUACAGGACUAGGUAGUUUGUGUUGUUCAGGGGUGCAGUGACCCUGAACGGAAGAUCGUGCGUAAGUGCGGGAGUUUGGUGAAACAAAUAGUUGGUGAAAAAAUCAGUGCUAGACAGUAUAUCCGGACGGGGGGUUGAUCACGUACGGUGGAGCUGAGAUCGAGGAUCGGGCGGACGCACGCACGCAACACGCCAUCGAGGAAAAAUAAUUAACAAAUAAAUAGAUCUAGGCAAAACGCCGGCAGGAUGUCGUCCUGCGCGUGUCCGAUGAUGCCCCCCGUCGGGGCCACACUGGCGGCACUCUGCGGUGGAUCGCAGUACAUGCUGUUCAUGGGGCUGCUCGAGGUGUUUAUCCGGUCCCAGUGCGACCUGGAGGAUCCCUGCGGCAGGAUGAAGAGCAAAACGACCCGGAACACAGACUUUGAGUACGAUUUCAUAGUGGUCGGUGGAGGUUCCGGUGGGUCGGUGAUUGCGUCUCGACUGUCGGAGAUUAAGAACUGGAAGGUGUUGCUGGUGGAGGCAGGUCCGGACGAACCAACGGGAGCGCAGAUUCCGUCAAUGUUCCUGAACUACAUUGGCAGCGAUAUCGACUGGAAGUACAACACCGAACCGGAACAGUACGCGUGUUUGGGAUCGCCGGAACAGCGCUGUUACUGGCCCCGCGGCAAGGUCCUCGGCGGAACGUCGGUCAUGAACGGUAUGAUGUACAUCCGCGGUAACCCGGUUGACUACGACGACUGGGAGGCGAUGGGCAACCCCGGCUGGAAGUGGAAGGACGUUCUGCCGUACUUCAUGAAGUCCGAGGACAACCAGCAGAUGGACGAGGUCGACAACAAGUUCCACACGACCGGGGGGUUGCUGCCGGUGUCCAAGUUCCCGUACAGUCCGCCGUUCUCGUUUGCCGUGCUCGAUGCUGGCAAGGAACUGGGCUAUGAAGUGCAUGACUUGAACGGAGCUAACACGACCGGAUUUAUGAUUGCCCAGACUACGAGCAAGAGUGGAAUUCGGUACAGCUCGGCACGUGCCUUCCUGCGACCAGCGGUGAACCGACCAAAUCUGCACAUUCUCAUGAACACCACGGUGACCAAGGUCCUGGUCCACCCAACGUCCAAGACUGCCCACGGAGUUGAAGUCAUUGAUGAGGACGGUCACAUGCGCAAGAUCUUGGUCAAGAAGGAGGUCAUCGUGGCCGGAGGUGCCGUCAACUCACCCCAGAUUCUUAUGCUAAGCGGUAUCGGACCACGAGCGAACCUCGAGAAGGUCGGCGUCCGAGUGGUUCACGAUCUUCCCGGAGUGGGACAGAACCUGCACAAUCACGUGGCAUACUUUAUCAACUUCUUCCUGAAUGACACCAACACGGCUCCGCUGAACUGGGCCACCGCUAUGGAGUACCUGCUGUUCCGUGACGGACUCAUGGCUGGAACCGGUGUGUCGUCCGUGACGGCCAAGAUCAGCACCAAGUACUCGGAACGUCCGGACGAUCCAGACUUGCAGUUCUACUUCGGUGGAUUCCUGGCCGAUUGCGCCAAGACCGGCCAGGUGGGUGAACUGCUCAGCAACGACUCGCGCUCCGUGCAGAUCUUCCCCGCCGUGCUACACCCCAAGAGCCGUGGCUACAUCGAGCUGAAGUCGAACGACCCGCUGGACCACCCGAGGAUCGUCGUCAACUACCUUAAAGAGGAUCAUGACGUGAAGGUGCUCGUCGAGGGAAUCAAGUUUGCCAUCCGAUUGUCCGAAACCGACGCCCUGCAGGCAUACGGAAUGUCCCUGGAUGGAACGAUCAUCAAGGCUUGCGAGCAGCACGAGUUCAGAUCACAGGAAUACUGGGAGUGUGCCGUCCGGCAGAACACCGGCGCCGAAAACCACCAGGCCGGUUCGUGCAAGAUGGGCCCCAUCAAGGACCCGAUGGCCGUCGUGGAUCACGAGCUGCGGGUGCACGGCGUGCGAAAUCUGCGAGUGGUGGACGCCUCCGUGAUGCCCAAGGUCACGUCCGGCAACACGAACGCACCGAUCAUCAUGAUUGCUGAGAAGGGCGCACACCUGAUUCGCCGGGCGUGGGGUGCCCGCAAGUGAUGACGGCACUCCGGACGAGGAAGCUAGCAUUUAAGACACUUUGCUGAAUGAGGAACGUGCGUGAAAUGCAUCGAAAUUUUAUUAGUUUUUUUCUCACGUCAAAAAUCGCACAAUUUUUAAAAUAAGAGAUUUGAGAGUAUCGACAAAAUAUAGUAUUGUAUCGCCAGUUGCCAACAUUGCUCAAAUUGUUCAAAUGAGAAACCUUACUUUAAAUUACCAGUGAUCCAAAAUUCAAUCCUCUACAGGCGCGCUAACAACAAUGGAGACAUUCAGAUUGGUACGAUUUCUCCUUGUAUGAGAAAACUAUCAAUCAGUUGGUCAUUCCUGCAAAUUUCCAUUUCAAACCAGUGUUUUAAAAUCAUACUUCAUUAUGCCACGAUAUAAGAGCUAUAAUCGACAUUACAAUUAAAAAGCGGUAUUGUUAUGAAUGCCCUCGUGAAGUUAGGAAUAGCCGUAAACGUACGAUAAUCAUGAACUCCUGUUUCCCCCCUUCCCCUCCUACCGCAGUAUCAUCCAAACCCUUCCAAUUCAUUAGUUGAGUGUAUCGAUCGAGUAAAUGAAACCUUUCAUUUGUAAAUUAUAAUUAUUUUAUAACAAAUACAA